AAGCUGCUGUGCAGAGAGCUGCUAUAGCAGGUGAUCGCCCUUAUUUGGUAAUGGCCCAGAUCAUGUGACUUCAAAAUGGUGGAAGCUGUGAGCUGUUUGUAAGCUGAGCAUCUCCAUCGAGAGGCUGGGAGCAGGAAAUAGGCAGGGAACUUGGAAGUACAUCCAUGAUCUGAGACACAGGAGGACAGAGAUUCCCAGCAGUGGUCCUCCUGUGGCUGCACCUGGUGUCAGAGUAAAAUGAAUUCUGACGGGGGUGAAGGCAGACCAGGUGAGUUCCCUCCUACCUCUCUACCCCUGCAAGGAGGUCCAACCCAAAGAAAAAAGCUAUCUGCCCCUCGUAUCAGCCUGUCAUUGGACCAGAGUGAGGAUGACUUGGGGGAGACGCCAGAUGAUCUUGACAUUAACGUCGAUGACCUCGACACUCCAGAUGAAGGGGAUUACCUCGACUACACGGACCAUGAAAUGGACUGGGAAGAUCCGAAUGCAGCCAAUAAGAGUGGGGCAAGUGAGCCGUACAAUCCAAUCCCGACAUACAGUGCUGAGGAGGAGCGUCAGGACAGCAAACUGUGGAGGACAGUGGUCAUCGGGGAACAGGAGCACCGCAUCAACAUGAAGAUCAUUGAGCCUUACAUGAAAGUCAUUUCCCAUGGAGGCUACUAUAGCAACGGAGUGAAUGCCAUCAUAGUGUUUGCUGCCUGUUUCCUGCCAGACAGUGACAGAGAGGACUACCAUGAAAUAAUGGAAAAUCUUUUCCUUUACGUAAUCAGCACACUGGAGCUGAUGGUAGCAGAGGACUACAUGAUCGUCUACCUGAAUGGAGCCACUCCCCACAGAAGAAUGCCAGGCCUUGGUUGGCUAAAGAAAUGCUAUCAGAUGAUUGACAGAAGGCUCAGGAAGAAUUUGAAAUCCUUCAUUAUUCUCCAUCCAUCAUGGUUUAUCAGGACGGUUCUAGCCAUUACCAAGCCCUUCAUAAGCGCCAAGUUCAGCAGCAAGAUAAAGUAUGUGAACAAUCUGGAUGAGUUGCAGGAUCUCAUCCCCAUGGAUUGCAUCCAGAUCCCAGAGUGCAUCAUUAGACUUGACAAGGAACUGAAAGAGGCCGCAGAGAACUCAAAAAUGAAUAGUUUUCUGUACGGACCGGAGCCAACAGCAGCAGGCAGAACAGAACCAGACAAAGCCGGUGCCAGCAGCUCUUAAACCCAAACAUCCUAAAUGGAUGGGUCACCUCAAUGUUAAGAAUCACUGUUGUAGUGCACAGGUGAAGCUGGAAAGUGGAAGAAAAGGCUUGUUACGCAAGACU